AUGGCCGUGCAGUGGCAGCGGGAAUUGGCGGGCUAUGCCAGCUGGACAUGGGAGCGCAUAGCUCUGGUGGCGAAUCCCGAGGAGAUGCAGAACGCCUAUGAUCAAAAGAAGUCCGUAAUUAUCGUGACUAUCAGCAUCGUGUCAGGCUGGAAUGGCACCUACAAGCAAACUCAAAGGGCUCACGGAGAGAUUCAUUGGCUCAUUUUGGACGAGUUGCAUCUGGCCAAGAACCGGAAUAACAAAUGUGCGCGUGCUCUGAUGCGGUUGGCAUGGGUUACCAAAAAGGUGCAUCUGAUUUCAGCUACAAUAUUGAGCAACUCGAUCUACGAUCUGUUCGUGCCAGCGGUUAUGCUCCGCAUGACCACGCCAGGCAACUUCGACAGAUGUAGGGCUUCUAUUCGGGUGGGUGCAACCGAACUGAGGGGGCAGAUGUCUGUCGACAAAGAACGGUUUGACCCUGAGGUUGCCAAACUUUCCGGGGUUUUCCAUCCUUCCGUCUUCCUCUAUCGUACUUCGGACGUCUGGGAGGGCAGUGAACUCGUCCGUUCUACACCACAGGCCGAGUGGGUCACUUGGCUACAAAUGCGCAAGGGGGGUCUAGAACACAAGAUCCACCGAAAGUUGAUGAAAAGGGCUUACAACUCCUGA